AGUCCAUCCCCCUAGCGGAUUCGUCUUACUCCUUAGCUUUGAGUUUGUCAUAUAUAAACUCAAUGCUCUGGAGUAAUAUUUAAUUGAAACAGCUAUUGUACAAAUUGGUAUUUUUUUGCAGCAGUGAUUGUUUAACUCCAAUAUAUAAAGAUAAGUAGGUGGCAUGGAAUCGGGAGCUUUUGCUGGUACAAAAGAAAACGCAUUCUGAUUGUCGGGAGUGAGGGAACUCUCUGACUUGGGGAGACGGACCCUGUCGUUGAAAUAAUUCCGGAGUCUUGUAGCUAUUCAUUGGUUUCAUGAUUACCCAGUAGCAACAUUUUUUUUGAGGUGGCGGUGUAAUUCUGUAACAGCGCCGCGUAGCAGAAUACAGAGAGUGCGCGGUAAUUUAGCACUGAAUUUAUCCUGGGGUUAGGGAAUGGCUACAAGGAGUCGCCGAUCGUGGUUCAGUGUGUUAUUGGGACUGGUUGUUGGCUUCACAGUAGCUUCGAGACUUAUUCUUCCUAAAGCCUCGGACUUUAAGAAAGCUGGACACCGUCGUCGAGCUAGUGGUUCUGGUUGUAGCAGCAGUGUCAGCCUGCACUCAGGGGUGAGAAAGGACUAUGGGGGAGUGCUGGUGUGGCAGCAGCCGCAGGAUAGUGAUGCUGGAAAUCACGAAGAGCUUAUCCCCAAGUCGAAACAUUUCCUUUACGUUGGGGUCAUGACUGCUCAAAAGUAUCUUGGUAACCGGGCAGUGGCUGUCCAAAAAACCUGGGCCAGUAACAUUCCUGGAAAAGUGGAAUUUUUCUCCAGUGAGGGGUCUGACACAUCGUUUCCAAUCCCUAUAGUCCCUCUUCAGGGAGUUGAUGACGCCUACCCACCUCAGAAAAAGUCUUUCAUGAUGUUGAAGUACAUGCAUGACCACUACUUGGACCAGUAUGAAUGGUUUAUGCGGGCAGAUGACGAUGUUUACAUUAAGAGUGACAGACUAGAAAGCUUUUUACGGAGUCUGAACAGCAGUGAGCCCCUCUUCCUUGGACAGACUGGAUUGGGCAGCAGUGAUGAGAUGGGUAAACUGGCACUAGAACCUGGUGAGAAUUUCUGUAUGGGCGGACCUGGUGUGAUCAUGAGCCGGGAAGUGUUGCGCAGAAUGGUUCCUCACAUCAGUGAAUGUUUGCGUGAGAUGUACACCACCCAUGAGGAUGUUGAAGUUGGGAGAUGUGUGCGGAGAUUUGCAGGUGUACAGUGUGUGUGGUCAUAUGAGAUGCAGCAACUUUUUUAUGAAAACUAUGAACAAAACAAAAAGGGCUACAUCCGAGAUCUGCACAACAGUAAGAUUCAUCGGGCUAUUACUCUGCACCCGAACAAAAGCCCACCAUAUCAAUACAGGCUUCAUAGCUACAUCUUGAGUCGCAAAAUAGCUGAGCUGCGUCACCGCACUAUUCAGCUUCACAGAGAAAUUGUAUUGAUGAGCAAAUACAGUAGUACAGAAGUACACAGAACUGACCUUCAGCUGGGUAUUGCACCAUCUUUUAUGAGGUUCCAGCCACAUCAACGUGAAGAGGUGUUAGAGUGGGAAUUCCUUACUGGGAAGUACUUGUAUUCUACUGCUGAUGGGCAGCCUCCCCGUAGAGGAAUAGACCUUUCACAGAAGGAAGCAUUGGAUGAUAUAGUCAUGCAGGUUAUGGAAAUGAUUAAUGCAAAUGCAAAAACCAGGGGGCGCAUUAUUGAUUUUAAGGAAAUCCAGUAUGGCUACCGUAGAGUUAAUCCUAUGUAUGGUGCAGAGUAUGUCCUUGAUUUAUUACUUUUAUAUAAAAAGCACAAGGGCAAGAAAAUGACUGUUCCUGUAAGAAGACAUGCUUACCUGCAGCAGACCUUCAGUAAAGUCCAGUUUGCAGAAGAAACAGAGAUGGAUGCCUUGGAGCUCGCCAGUACAAUCAACAGAGAUUCUGGAUCCCUUUCAUUUCUUUCCAACUCCCUUAAAAUGUUUGUCCCCUUUCAGUUUUCUGCUUCUAACUCUGAACACAGAGAACCAAAGGACAAACAAAUUAACAUUUUAGUUCCACUUUCAGGACGUUUUGAUAUGUUUUCUAGGUUUAUGGAGAACUUUGAAAGGACUUGCCUGAUUUCAAAUCAGAAUGUCAAACUGGUUGUUUUGCUGUUUAAUUCUGAUUCUAACCCAGACAAAACCAAACAAGUGGAACUGAUGAGAGAUUACCGUAUUAAGUAUCCCAAAGCUGAUAUGCAGAUUUUGCCAGUGUCUGGUGAGUUCUCCAGAGCUCUUGCUCUUGAAGUUGGCUCUUCACAGUUUAAAAAUGAUUCAUUGCUUUUCUUCUGUGAUGUUGACUUGGUUUUCUCUACAGAGUUUCUACAGCGCUGUAGAGACAACACCGUUUUAAGAGAGCAAGCAUAUUUUCCCAUUAUAUUUAGCCAGUAUGAUCCAAAAAUUGUCUAUGCUGGCAGAGUACCAAGUGAUAAUCAUUAUGCCUUUACUCUAAAAACCGGUUUCUGGAGAAACUAUGGUUUUGGUAUUACAUGCAUUUAUAAACAGGAUCUUAUCCGAGCAGGUGGGUUUGAUGUAUCCAUCCAGGGUUGGGGUUUGGAAGAUGUGGAUCUUUUUAACAAAGUUGUACAGCUUGGUCUCAAGACAUUCCGAAGUCAAGAAGUAGGGAUAGUACAUGUUCAUCACCCAGUUUUUUGUGAUCCUAACCUUGAUCCAAAACAAUAUAAAAUGUGUUUAGGAUCCAAAGCCUCCACCUAUGGUUCAACACAGCAACUUGCUGAAUUGUGGCUUGAGAAAAAUGACCCAAACUUUGGGAAAGUCAGCAGUGUCAAUGUUUCAAUGAGGACAGCCUGAUAUCCAGCAAAGCUGGAAAAGACUACUUUUUAAUUAUCUAAUUUAUUUUUGAAAUGUUUUUAUAUGAUUCUUUUUUAAAGACCACAGGAGGAUAUAUUUUGGAAAUAAUUUUCUUACAAAGAACUUUAGAACAAAUAAGCAUUUUUGAACAAAAUCAAAUGUGAUCAGUGUUGGGUAAAUAUGUAAGUAACUUAUAACUGCAACUAAGACUUGUAGCAGAAAUAGUGUACAUCACUGUGUUGGAGAUAACUUGAAUUACAUACUGUUGGUAACAGAACUAACAGUUUCAUUCCUAGGUUCCUGAAUAGGACUUCAAAGGAGACUGCCUUGAUUUGUGUAUCAAGAAUCAUGUGAAAAGACUUUAUGAAAGUAUUGAAAUUUUGAACUGUUGUGAUUGUUUUGCACAUUUCUACCUUUCAAACCAUUCUUAUGCUCCAGAUGUAGAAAAAAAAUUACAGUAUGACCAAUGCAAGCUGAUAGUUGCAAGAGUAGGUUUGGUGUUUUUCACAUCUCUGCUUUCUACAUAGAUUUUCCACCAGAAUUGUAUUCCAUAUGUGUUUCUCACCAGCCUGAAGAAACCUCACAAUAUUUAUGUGGAAGAGAUUUUAGAUAGUAUUUAUUAGACCUCUUAAUCAGAUGGUCCAACAUCUUUGUGAGGAUUUAGAACUCUAUUUAAUACAGUUAGGAGUGGAAGUAUUUUGUCUUUUUGUAGAAGGGAUUAAAUUGGGAGGGGGGUGACUAGUUUGGGACUUGGGAAUAUUGGUCAAAAGUAAGAUUUGAAAUAAGUUUUACAAAGAACGUGAAUACAUUCUGUCAAUUUUACACUCUUGUCAAUUUUUUUUCUUCUGUAUGUUCCAUUAAGUUCUGGGGCACAAUACAAAUGUGUUUUUCUGUUAGCUUUUUUAAUUUAUUUAAUAUAAUUUGCUUCGAGUUGCAGAUUCUGUUUUUGUUGUUCAUUAACUGUUAGUGAUAAGAACAAAUGUAUCCAUUUCUUUCACCAUUGUGGUAGUUUCUUACAUGACAGUAAUGGUUUCCAACAAGCUUCAUUCAGUCCUUUGUGACUUUUAUCACUUUAUUGUUGCAUCACUGUAUACAUUUUCACAUUUGCAACCUUUUUCUGAAUCUCUUCCCUUGGAUUUCUGUCUGCAUAUAUUUUUAAUAUUUGCCUUAUGAGCCUGAUUAUGAUACAAGAAAAAUAAAUGAGGUCGCUAAUGUACCACA